AUGGUUAAAGAUAAGAAAUUAUAUAAUUUGUUAGGAGUGGAUACAGGUGCAAAUGAACAAGAAAUAAAGAAGGCAUAUAGAAAAGCAGCAUUAAAAUAUCAUCCAGAUAAACCAACUGGUGAUGCAGAAAAAUUUAAAGAAAUUUCAGAAGCUUUUGAGAUUCUAUCCAAUGAAGAGAAAAGAGAAUUAUAUGAUAAUUAUGGUUUGGAAGCAGCAAGAGGAAAUGCACCAGCUGCAGAUCCGGGAAAUCCAUUUGCUGGUGCUGGUGGACCUGGAGGAGGUACAAGUUUUAAUUUUGGUGGUGGUGGACCAGGUUUUAGAAGUUCAGGUGGUUUUUCACAAGCUGAUGCAUUUAAUAUAUUUUCACAAAUGGGUGGAUUUGGUAUGGGAGAUGAUGGGUUUACAUUUAGUUCAAGUAAUGGAGGUGGUGCAUCACCAUUUGGUUCAGGAUUUGGAGGAGGUAGAAGUGGUGGAAUGCCAGGUGGAUUUGGAUCAUCAAGACAACAACCAAAACCAGAACCAGAUACGGUUUCAAUGCCAUUACCUGUUUCGUUAGAAGAUUUAUAUAAAGGUACAACUAAAAGAAUGAAAAUUACAAGAAAAAAUGCCAAUGGUAUAAAAGAACAAAAAUUAUUAGAAAUCAAUAUUAAACCUGGUUGGAAAUCAGGUACAAAAAUAAAUUUUACAAAUGAAGGAGAUUAUCAAUCAGAAUGUGGUUGUAGACAAACAAUACAAUUUGUUAUAGAAGAAAAACCAAAUCCAACUUUUAAAAGAGAAGGUAAUAAUAUAUUAAUGAAUGUUCAUUUAUCAUUUAAAGAAUCAUUAUGUGGAUUUGAAAAAGAUGUAACAACAAUAGAUGGUAGAAGAAUACCUUUAUCAAGGACACAGCCAGUACAACCAAAUACAACAACAACAUAUCCAGGUUUAGGUAUGCCAAUAAGUAAAACACCAGGUCAAAAAGGUGAUUUGAUUAUUACAUUUAAAGUAGAUUAUCCAAUAACUUUAACACCGAAUCAAAAAGAGAUUAUACAACAAAAUUUCUAA